UUAGCAGUCAACGAGAGGGUACAGCUUACAAGGCCCAAUUUAGUAAUUAUAUAUAACACGUGGCACGAACCCAUUUAAUUGCCACGUCACGUCAGCCACCUUCAAAGUUUCCAACAGUUUAGGCUUCUUUAAAGAAUUGAGACUUCUUUCCCAUAUCAUAAUUUCAUCAUCUUUGUCUCUCCAAUUUUCUCUCUUUCUAUAGCCGUCCUAAUCUCCGGCGACCCUUUUUACUCCGGUCAAAUUCUCGCCGGAAAAUCUUAAAUUCGUGUUUUAUUGACAGUUUCCUUUCUUGUACCUUCAUCUCCCUUCACCGAUCUUGCACUUUACAGUAAUCAUCAUGAAUCCCGAAUACGACUAUCUUUUCAAGCUUUUGCUUAUUGGAGAUUCUGGUGUUGGCAAAUCAUGUCUCCUCUUGAGAUUUGCUGAUGACUCAUAUCUUGAGAGUUACAUUAGUACCAUUGGUGUGGACUUUAAAAUCCGCACAGUUGAGCAGGAUGGGAAAACCAUUAAACUUCAAAUUUGGGAUACUGCUGGUCAAGAGCGUUUUAGGACAAUUACCAGCAGCUACUAUCGCGGUGCUCACGGCAUAAUUGUUGUCUAUGAUGUAACCGAUCAAGAGAGCUUCAAUAAUGUCAAGCAAUGGUUGAGUGAAAUUGACCGAUAUGCAAGUGAUAAUGUGAACAAACUUCUUGUCGGGAACAAGUGCGAUCUCACAGCACAGAAGGUAGUUUCCACAGAGACAGCUCAGGCUUUUGCUGAUGAGAUCGGCAUUCCUUUCAUGGAAACUAGUGCGAAAAAUGCCACCAAUGUGGAAGAGGCUUUCAUGGCUAUGGCUGCUUCAAUCAAGAACAGAAUGGCAAGCCAACCGGCAUCAAACAAUGCACGGCCUCCAACUGUGCAGAUCCGCGGACAACCUGUCAACCAGAAGAGCGGUUGCUGCUCAUCUUAAAAGCACAAGGACGAAGCUCUGUCGCCUCGAUGAAGAUUCUGAUGUGGCAUGUAAAAUUAGUCUCUCUUAAUGGCUUUAUACUUGAUAGGAAGACUGUUCACCGUUAUCACUUUUUACUUUCUUUUGGCACUUUGUCAAAACACUCAAUUCUUUGCAAUGUAUUUUUGGAUAAACGAUUUGUAGAAAAUCUUGGAAUAUUGCUUUCUAUUCUUUGGACCUUCAUCGAAAUGAUUUAA